CUGCGGUGAUUCUCAUUGGCAGACAGUCUGCGCUGGAGCAGUACCAGUGUCAGUCGUGAGUGGGGUGUGAGUGUGUGUUUGUGUGAGAGUGUGUGUGAGUGUGUGUGUCAGCAGAAGAUUUCUGAAGAUGCUGGAGAGGUAGCCAAUCUGACGGGAUGGCCGGAAUUAUUAAAAAGCAGAUCCUGAAGCAUCUGUCCAGGUUCACUAAGAACCUCUCCCCAGAUAAGAUCAACCUGAGCACACUGAAGGGAGAGGGUCAGCUGUCCAACCUGGAGCUGGAUGAGGAGGUGCUGCAGAACAUGCUGGAUCUGCCCACCUGGCUGGCCGUCACCCGUGUUUACUGCAACAAGGCUGCUAUACGGAUACAAUGGACAAAGUUGAAGACCAGUCCCAUAUGUUUGUUCCUGGAUAAAGUAGAAGUUGAAAUGAGAACCUGUGAGGAACCGCGGCCCCCAAACGGCCCUUCUCCAAUUGCCAUUACUGCAGGCCAAAGUGAGUACGGCUUCGCUGAGAAGGUUGUGGAAGGAAUGUCUGUGAUCAUCAACUCCAUCACAAUUAAAGUUCAGGCCCGAGCGUUUCAUGCUUCCUUCGAGCUCUGGCAGCUCCAGGGCUGCAGCCUCAAUCCCAAAUGGCAGAAGACCGACCUUCGUCACACACGCAUUACACAUCCUAAGAGAGGAGAGGUCCUAACGUUCAAGGAGAUCAACUGGCAGAGCCUGCGCAUAGAGGCGGACGCGAUUGAGAGUGACGAACAGGAUCUGGGCAGCACACCGCUGCGCCUCAUUACCAACCAAGGACGCAUACGCAUCGCUCUCAAACGCAGGGUGAAGGACUGUAAUGUCUUGGCCUCUAAGCUGUUCUUUAUACUGGAUGAUCUGCUGUGGGUGCUGACAGACUCUCAGCUCAAGGCCAUUAUCCACUACGCCAAGUCUUUGAGUGAGGCCAUGGAGAAGUCCGCGCAGCAGAGAAAGAGCAUGGCUGCUGAAACACUACAGACUGCUCCUCCCUCUCCUGGGAUCCACUCUCUGUGGACUGAACCUCCUCCACCCGAAGCGGUCGGGACUCACAGCACACUGGCCCAGUAUUUUGACCUCCAUGAUGUUAAAGAAUCAUCCUACCACACUUUCAUUUCCCGUCUCGACCUGCAUAUCUGCAACGACAGCUGUUCAGAUUCUGAUGAAGCUCCGCCUCCAGGCACGCAGGGUGCAAUGCAGCUGACCCUCCGGAAGCUGGGCUGUGAUUACUACCCUUUCCAUAGACCAGGUGAUGGCUGUCGGCACUGGGAGCGUCACUGCGGGGCGAUGGAGUCUCGUGCUCAGUGGGCGGCCAAACUGCUGCAAGAAUUUCAGAAGAGGGUGGAGGAUCUGGGCAUCCCUGGACCUCACACAGAACCAAAUGUGUCUGCUAAAGACUCACCAGCCAAAAAAGUCAAGGACGGGGAAUCACUGUCCAAUUUCAGUCCUGAACGGACUCAGACCUCACGGCGGACAUCAGCAGCCGCCCCGUCCUCAGGAACUCCACUGAAGAGACUUCGCUCCAGCUGUAUGGUGAUCCGUGUGGACGAUCUGGACAUCCAUCAGGUGUCCACUGGAGGCCGUCACAGCAAGAAAACGCAGUCUCUCCUCUCCUGCAACCGCAAAUCCCUACAUCUUCCAGAAAACACUCCUGCAAUUCACCUUCAGUUCACUGAAUACUACUUCCCUGAUAACCCUGGACUUCCUGUUGUGUUAGUACCCUGCUCUAAUCUUUAUGCCCAGCUGAAUGGUCUACAGCUGUGUCUGGAUGCUCCAAGCGUCUUGUGGAUGACUCUGUUUUCACGGGGUCUACACAGGACACUAGAUCAGGUCAAAGCCUUUUACCACCUCCAGGAUAGCAGCAAGGCAGACGAACACAUCGAUAUCCGCCUGGAUGCAACACAGCUGAAGCUGAUCAUUCCUCUGGAAUCCUCCAUUUUGGAUCACCCAGACCGCCCUCAGUCAUUGAGCAUCAGUCUUCCUCAAAUCGUCCUCAGCAACACGCGUCACUCUCCUCACGGUUCCCGUUCGGACCUCAACAGCAUUUACAGCAGCUUCUCCGCCUGUCCUUUCUUCCAUCCCACAGCUUGUCAACCGUUCCCUCGUGAUCAGAGCCUCCUGCAUCCCCUGCCAUCGGCAUUCCUUCAACACUUUCUAGAAAACGAGUUCCUGUCAUUAGAGCACAAACGUCCCUCUCGCUCUCAGGAUGUCUGGUCUGUCAAUCUGUCCCGAGUGACUCUAGGCUUUGAGGGGGCUCGUCGAGGGCUUAGAGGGAAAGCCCUUCCCUUCGUGGAGCCCUUUGCCAUGUCUUUGUGGAUGUGCCGCCCUUCUGCCUUCAAAAAAGAUUCCCAUUGUUCAAGCAUAGAUGGCAAUUCAAAAUCCCCCACCGGUUCUGGAAAACAUCCCCUCCUUGACUCACCGCAGGGUGUAAAUGAUGUUGUAUCUGAUAAAGUCAACCAGAAUGAGGGUCUAGACAACUCUCCCUUGGCCUCCAUCCAUAUCUUGGCCCAGUCGAUCACUCCUGUCAAAAUGUGCCUCAACCACUACCAAUUUGUUGCCCUUUUGCGGAUGAAGGACUACCUUGCCCGACUUGCUGGAGAUUUGACCAAGGACUUCCAGGGUUUGGGACAAUCCAAACAUAAAUCGUCAGAUCCUCCUUCGGUUUGUGUCUCAGUCCUGAUGGAGGCGAUAGAGCUUGCUCUACUGCUUCCUCCUGCAACAUGCGAGCCAGAAGAAGCCAAUUCUCCAGUGGAAACAGACACUCCUAGCUUGACAGACUCUGAUCUCUCUCCAUCGCACCACGCUGGUGAGCCUGGCCUGCUGGAGGACAGUGGGACAGGAGGGAAUGAGGAUCAAGAAGAAGAUGCUGAGCUGGAGGGUUCAGUAGAGGAGGCUUGCGAAGCCAUUGAAGAAGGAAUAGAUGGACAAACGGGGCAGGAUGGUGAAGCUCAGGCCGUUGUUCCUGUCAUGUCUCCUCUGCCAGACAACCCUGCAUUACUGUCCCGGCAUAGCUCCACUUUCAGCUUGGAGGGUGAGCUAUCCAGUGCCCUGAAUGCCACCAAAGGGGUCACCAAAGAUGCAUUCAGCGCCUCCCUGGAUCUCACCAAAGGGGCACUGUCCAUCACGAAAGAUGCCUUCAGCAUCCUGAGCCGAGGAUCUGGCAUGACUAGACUCUUCACUCCUCAAAACAAGGAGCAAAGUUCACGGCCAGAGGAAUCCAGUCCCUCCAUCAUGGGGAACUUGCGGCUUCAGUCCAUGAAACAGUCGCCUUCCCAGAAUUCCUGUGACAGUGCCAUUUUAGAGGGUAGUCUGGCGGACGAUGGCUUAUCCAUUGACAGUGACAUCAGUGAAAACUUUGUCAUUCUAAUGGACUCUGAGUCUGGUGUGGAGUCUUUGCGUCCUAAUGGUGCAGGUGUCCACUCAGGCAGCUGUAUUAGUCCUGCUCCAGGAACAGAAGGCGGGUCAUCGGCAGACCUCAGCAGCUCUCUGUCCCAGAGCACUGAAGACAUUGCCCAAGAUAUGGUGUCUGUGUUAGUACUGUGUCUGAGUCGAAUGGGGUGCCUGAUGGAGAUGCGCGGUGAAGAUAUUGUCGUGGCGCUGGAAGCCCAGGAGCUUGUGCCUAAACAGCAUGGCAACCAUAAAGUCACAGACCUGCUGGCGGGACUGACACUGACACAGGCCACAGCUGCUGCUUCCUCUCCAAGUGCUCCACUGUCUCCGGGCCCCCGCUCCCUCUCCAGUCCCCCAGCAGCGGCCCUCAGGUUGGAGAUGGGGCCACGUGCGAGCAGACACUCUCCUCUGUCCGAGAGCGUGGGGUUCAUGGAGAUGUGCUUGACAGGGUGCAGAGCAGAGCUCCUGGCUUCCACCUUAAACACACUGGGACCCUUCCUAGAGGAUGAGCUCAGCGCAGACCCCCAGCCAAUGAGACUGUGGUUACGGGACACUGCUAUUACACUAAAGGAUGAUGGUCCUCGUGUCUACCCAACUGCUCCUCAACCAGUUCCUGUGUUCUUUUCUCUGGACGGCAUUAUGCUGGAGCGUUUGGAUGAUGGGAUCCUCUGCUUGAGAUCUGAACAGAGCCAAUCAGGAAUUGAGACAGAAGGGAACAGAGAGAGGGAUGACCAAUCCUGCGUUAGAGUUGAGGAGAAGAACAAGUCUCUGGAGUCCAAACUCAUGGACGUCCAGUCAGCUCUAGAGAAAGCUCUGUCUGACCGAGAGCGCCUGCUACAGGAAGUCAGGAAACACAACCCCUCCUUCACCUUAUGAUGUACAAAGGGAAAGAAACCAGGCUUCAGUCCAAAUGAGGCACAAGAUAACAUGUCUUGUAGAUAAACCAGAAGAACAAGACCUUUGCCUUUUCUGACUCAAAGUUCUCAUCCAUCCCUUUCUGUUCCUUUAAUCCCUUACAUCUGAGUGUAAGAUCAGACGCCAUUUCUUCAGUCUCUGUGAGCGUCCUCCACCGAGUCUUCCUAUAUAGUGACUAUAUAGUGCACUACAUUCGCUCACCAAGUUUCCAGUUGGAGGAGGACUGAAGUCAACAGUGAAAUGGAUAACACAUGCAAUCUUUCACUGCCGCAGACCUUCUUUACAGCACAAUGGAUCAUCUCUUCACUUCUGGUCAGCAUGCUUCUUGCACAUUAGUAAUUUUUGAAUUCAUGACUGGACUAUGUAAAGCUUUUGGAUUUUAUAGACAUGUCCAAGUGUUGUUUGGUACCAAGGCUAUGUGUUGCUGGUAGACAUAAGCUCUGUUCCAAAACCUAGUGAGCAGCCUACAUAGACAGUCGGGCUGAGUUGACAUUAUCGAUUUUAAUUGGUCUUCGUUUUGAUGAACAGAUAUUGGCUAUGUUCACUUUGACCUUGUUUACACCUGGUAUUAAGAUGCGUUUUGGUCGAUCGGAUCUAGGGCUGGGACAAUAAAUUGAUCCUCUAUACAAUGAUUCUGGAUCGAUUCUGAUAUUUUCCGAAUGUAUUGCGUUUCUCUCUCGAAUUGAUUCUGAGCUUAGUUUUAACAGCAGAUGGCGCUUUAGGCUAGUUUUUAAUCGCACACUCAAAUGCUCAUGAAGAAGAGUGCUGGAGAGCGCCCGUGCGUUCGGCCAAAGAAUAUACACUAACAAGAAGUAGGGCUGGGCGAUAUAUCGCAUGCG